GUGUGCUUGGGUUGGUUGUAUCGCCAGUUUGCCUAGACUAUAUAAAAUCGGGUACUCAGAGACGGCACUCUCACUCACUCUUUCUCUCUCUAAAAAGACCAUUGAGACUGAUCUAUUACUACCAUGGAUUCCGACUACGGCAUUCCCAGAGAACUCUCUGAUCUCCAAAAAAUCCGAUCUGCCUACCAGCCCGACCUUCCUCCUUGUCUUCAGGGUACGACUGUGAGGGUUGAAUUUGGUGAUACAACUACAUCUUUUGACCCGACUGAUGCCCCCACCAUAAGUCGAUCCUUCCCUCAUACUUAUGGUCACCCAUUGGCUCACUUUCUUAGGGCCACUGCGAAAGUAGCUGAUGCUCAGAUUAUAACUGAACAUCCGGCUAAAAGGGUGGGAAUAGUCUUUUGUGGGAGACAAUCACCCGGAGGACACAACGUCAUUUGGGGUCUUCUCCAUGCUCUUAAAAUUCACAACCCCACAAGCACUUUACUUGGGUUCUUGGGGGGUUCUGAAGGUUUGUUUGCACAGAAAACUCUGGAGAUAACUGACGACAUUCUUGCUACCUACAAGAAUCAAGGUGGUUAUGAUUUGCUGGGACGAACAAAAGAUCAAAUUAGAACAACUGAACAAGUUAAUGCUGCGUUAACUGCAUGCAGAAAUUUGAAACUAGACGGCCUUGUCAUAAUUGGAGGAGUGACAUCAAACACUGAUGCUGCUCAAUUAGCAGAAACAUUUGCCGAAGAGAAAUGUCCAACAAAGGUGGUUGGAGUUCCUGUUACGUUGAAUGGAGAUCUUAAGAACCAGUUUGUGGAAACUAAUGUUGGUUAUGAUACAAUUUGCAAGGUCAAUUCCCAACUUAUAAGCAAUGUCUGCAUCGAUGCUCUAUCCGCAGAGAAGUAUUACUACUUUAUUCGACUCAUGGGCCGAAAGCAUUCACAUGUUGCCCUGGAGUGCACGCUUCAGUCUCAUCCAAAUAUGGUUAUUCUUGGUGAGGAGGUGGCUGCAUCAAAACUAACUAUUUUUGACAUAACAAAGCAAAUUUGUGAUGCAGUUCAAGCCCGUGCAGACCAAGACAAGUACCAUGGUGUUAUCCUACUUCCAGAAGGACUCAUAGAAAACAUUCCCGAAGUCUAUGCCCUUUUGAAGGAAAUUCAUGGUUUACUUAAGGAGGGUGUUUCUGUUGACACCAUUCAUACUAAACUUUCACCUUGGGCUGCAGCUUUGUUUGAGUUUUUGCCACCCUUUAUCAAGAAGCAGCUGCUUCUCUAUCCUGAAUCAGAUAAUUCUGCACAGUUAUCCCAGAUUGAAACAGAGAAACUUCUAGCACAUCUUGUUGAGACAGAGAUGAACAAGCGUCAGAAAGAAGGGACAUACAAGGGAAAGAAAUUUAAUGCCAUCUGCCACUUUUUCGGUUACCAAGCUCGUGGAUCUUUACCAUCAAAAUUUGAUUGUGAUUAUGCCUAUGUUCUUGGGCAUAUCUGCUACCAUAUUUUAGCAGCUGGAUUGAAUGGUUACAUGGCAACAGUAACUAAUCUGAAGAAUCCAGUCAACAAGUGGCGUUGUGGUGCUGCUCCAAUUACCGCAAUGAUGACUGUGAAGCGGUGGUCUCAAAAUCCUAUUGCUUCAUCCAUUGGAAAACCUGCUAUUCAUCCCGCUACUGUAGAUUUGAAAGGCAAAGCAUACGAGCUGCUGAGGCAAAAUGCCACAAAAUUUCUGUUAGAAGAUCUCUACAGAAAUCCUGGACCGCUUCAGUUUGACGGUCCUGGUGCUGAUGCCAAGGCUGUGACACUAUGCGUCGAAGACCAGGAUUACAUGGGCCGGAUCAAGAAACUUCAAGAGUAUCUUGACAAGGUCCGAACCAUCGUAAAGCCAGGGUGUUCGCAGGAGGUUCUGAAAGUAGCAUUAAGCGUCAUGUCGUCAGUAACAGAUGUUCUAUCUGUGAUGACUACAACUUCGCCAUCCCAUUGAAAGUUUACUCCUUUUAUUUUCGAUGGCUGGUGCAUUUGACACAAGAAUGAAAAGAAUUGCUGUCUUUUGCUGUCUCAAAUUUUCCUAGGCUUUGGGUGCGGAACUAAAGUUAUGAAAAUAACAUUUUUUUUUUUCACCUCAUCUCAUGUAACUCUACAAAAUAAUUGAGGUUUGUAACUUUUAUGUAUGUGGAAGGAUAACUUUUGCUUAUAGAGCAGUUUUGAGUGGUUCAAAACUAUAUUUGAAAUGAGCUUUUUUAACAAGUA